AUGAGCCAGACCGUAUGGUUGGAAAACUUGGGAGGCUACAAAAUGAAGAUUCCACCGUUCCAUGGCCGGAACAAUCCAGACGAGUACAUGGACUGGGAAAAGAAGUGCGAGUUCAAUUUCAACUUGCACAACAUCAUUGGCGACAACCGUGUCAAGCUAGCCGUCUCGGAGUUCAACGAUUAUGCGCUAGAUGGUGGGAAGCAAAUCAUUUUGGCUCGCGAGAUUGGUGGUGCCUUUGAGAUUACCACUUGGGAAGAAAUGAAGCGCAUCAUGAGGCAGCGAUUUGUCCCUGGCCAUUACCAACGUGAGCUACACUCAAGCUCAGGAAGCUUACUCAGGGUCCAAGUCUGUGGAAGAAUAUUAUCAAGAGAUGGAGGUAAUGCUCUUGCGCGCCAAUGUGAUUGA